AGCCAUUCUCUACUGGAAGAAGGCAGAAGAGAGCAGAGCCUCUCUCUCUGAUUUUCCAUAUUUUCUCUCUCUAGAGAUUCUCAAAAAUUUCUUUCUCUCUCCUCUAUCUAUCGCUUUCUCUCUCUAAACUUUCCCAUUUCCUCCCUACUUCUUUUUCCAUCUGUUUUUUAAAUGCAUAGAAACCCCUUUCAUUUCCAUCCAUCUUCUAUAUAGUAGAGAUCAUCGCCUUCUUGGAUCCUCCAAACUAUCGAUUUUUCCGCUCAGUUUAGCGGAAAUUAUUAAGAAAAUUUGCUCUUAUUUUUCCAUUUCUAUCCACAUUUUCUGUGUUCGCCCCAAUUCUGCUCCCUGAAGUUUCCCUUUUCUUUUGCUUUUGUCUGCUGCGCCUUUUUAGUGCAAAACCCGGGUUUUCAUUCUUCGUUUUAGUUCAAAAUAUUGGUUGCUUUAUCCCCAAAUUUCGUUGAUUUAAUCUUCUUUGAAGCUUCACUUUUGCUUUUCUCCCUUUGUUGCCCCACCACUUUGGAUUCUGAACUAGGGUUAUUGGUUUGUGGUCUUAGCUUGAGGACUGUAGAUUGUUGUACCCAGGAGUACCAUUUGUUUUGGCUUUACUGGUUCUUGUAUGAUCUUGCCAUCUGUAUUGGGUGUGAAGUCAACGUCGUGUUGUUUUUAUACUGAUCCGGCGGUUGUUAGAUGAUCUUGUUGGUUUCUGGGUUUGAAGGGUUGAUGCUUUGUUGACAAGAUGCAGCCCGAUCAGCGACGAAAGGCAUCUGUGGAGGUAGAUUUCUUCACUGAAUACGGCGAGGGAAGCAGGUACAAGAUAGAGGAAGUAAUUGGUAAAGGAAGCUAUGGUGUCGUUUGUUCUGCAUAUGAUACUCAUUGUGGGGAAAAGGUUGCAAUUAAGAAGAUCAAUGAUAUCUUUGAACAUGUCUCUGAUGCCACACGAAUCCUUCGAGAGAUCAAGCUGCUUAGACUCCUGCGUCACCCUGACAUUGUGGAAAUCAAGCACAUCUUGCUGCCUCCUUCCAGCAGGGAAUUCAAAGACAUAUAUGUGGUUUUUGAACUCAUGGAGUCUGAUUUACACCAGGUUAUUAAAGCAAAUGAUGAUUUGACUCCAGAACAUUAUCAAUUUUUUCUUUAUCAGCUUCUGCGAGGCUUGAAGUACAUACACACAGCAAAUGUCUUUCAUCGGGAUCUGAAACCAAAGAACAUCUUAGCAAAUGCUGACUGCAAACUCAAGAUCUGUGACUUUGGUCUUGCAAGAGUAGCCUUUAAUGAUACUCCGACUGCUAUAUUUUGGACAGAUUAUGUUGCAACAAGGUGGUACAGGGCACCUGAAUUGUGUGGUUCAUUUUUCUCCAAGUAUACACCAGCAAUAGAUAUAUGGAGCAUCGGAUGCAUCUUUGCAGAGCUUUUAACUGGAAAACCUCUCUUUCCUGGAAAAAAUGUUGUUCACCAAUUGGAUCUGAUGACUGAUCUCUUGGGAACCCCGUCUGCAGAAGCCAUUGCUAGGGUACGCAAUGAGAAGGCUCGGAGAUAUUUAAGCAGCAUGCGGAAGAAAAAGCCCAUUCCCUUGUCCCAGAAAUUCCCAAAUGCAGAUCCCCUUGCACUCCGUUUGCUGGAAAGAAUGCUAGCAUUUGAACCCAAGGAUCGACCUUCCGCUGAAGAGGCUCUUGCAGAUCCAUAUUUUAAAGGUUUAGCCAAGGUUGAGAGAGAACCCUCUGCUCAACCAGUUACCAAGUUGGAAUUUGAAUUUGAGAGGAGAAGGAUAACUAAAGAAGAUGUACGAGAUCUCAUUUACCGAGAGAUUCUUGAGUACCAUCCAAAGAUGUUGAAAGAGUACUUAGAGGGAACCGAACCAACAAGCUUCAUGUAUCCAAGUGCUGUUGACCAGUUCAAGAAGCAAUUCGCUUACCUCGAGGAGCACUACGGAAAUGGUGCAACUGUUGCUCCACCUGAGAGACAACAUGCAUCAUUACCAAGGCCAUGUGUAUUAUAUUCAGAUAAUUCAUUACAUAAUUCAGCAGAGGUCGCAGAUGAUCUCUCCAAAUGUUGCAUUAAGGAAGUCGAGAAGCCACAUAUGGACAGGAGUUGUGGAAUCCCCAUGGCAAGGCUUCCUCUCCAAGUUCCUCAAAGUACCCAAGGAGGUGCUGCAAGGCCUGGAAAGGUUGUUGGUUCAGUGUUGCGUUACAACAACUGUGGAGCAGCUGCAGCAGCAGAGGUUCUUGAACAGCGGAGAAUGGUUAGGAAUCCACCUGUCGCAAGUCAAUAUAAUGCGUCUAGCUGUUCAUAUCCAAGAAGAAACUCGAGCUGUAAAAAUGAGAGAGGAGACGAUGAAGGGGUAGAAGGAUCUAAUGGUUUGCAGCCAAAGCCUCAAUACAUGGCAAGGAAAGUGGCUGCUGCUCAAGGUGGAUCUGGAAGUCACUGGUACUAAUUCCAUGGUGGUGUUAUGUUCUUAUGGCAGACUCAACUAGAUAUUUUGCAUAUUCAACACACAAUGAAGGAUCCUCAAUCACACCUCCCUACUGGUUGGCUGCCAGCCAUGACUCACCAAAAGCAAAUGGUAUAUUUUAUCUAUAUGCUAAUUUACCAGCACUGACGCUUGAAGAUACUGAAGUUUGUUGAGGAGGGAGUUUUAACUACCACCUGUAAUCUAUAUCACUGAUAUGAAGUGUAGAAAGGGUUGGUGUGAAUACCUAUCCAUCAACCCUGUUACUCUCUGAUUCGAAUCAAGGAUAGAGAUUCGAAUAAAGGAACUCUUGGAUGAGGAAAAGGAUAAGUUAAUCUGUUGGCUUAUCAAGUUCUUCCUGUUUCCUUUUCAUUCUCCGCAAAAUGGAAGUAAUCAAUGACUUUUUAUCUCUCUCCUUCUGACCAUAGCAACUGCAAUAUAGAUUGUUGUACCCUUUCAGCUAUAUUAUUUUGUACUUGAAAUAAGGACCAGUGUUUAUGCUUCUCGCUUGGAAAUGUAUCUUUUGAGUUAGGGAGAUAUGGCAAUGACUUUGUUGAAUGACUUUGUUGAAAAGCUAGGAUCUGCUGUUAAUCAAGAAAUAUUUUAGUUGCAUGUA